AUGGAGACAAGAUUAUCUAAACAGAAAGCUUCUUGUCUGGCUCAAAGAUUAAGGUUUGAUAAUUAUUGGGUAGUUGAUAGAGUAGGAACUGGUGGAGGAUUAAUGUUAUUGUGGGGUGAAAAUUUAAAGAUUGAGGUGCUUUCUUGGUCUGUUGGUCACAUUACGGGUCGUGUUAGUGGCGAUGGUUUUACUCCUUGGUUCAUCACAGGUUUUUACAGAAAUCUUGAUCAAUCAAAGAGAGUCCAUUCUUGGGAGCUUUUGAGGAAAAUCAGGGACAUGUGUUUGGGACCCUGGGGAAACAGAAGAAGUGUUGCUGCUAUGGAUAGAUUUAAGGAUGUUCUGGAUGAUUGCAAUUUAAAAGAUUUUGGGAAUUUUGAUAAGGAGAUGACUUGGGUAGGUAAGUUUUCGAAUGGUGUUGUAAUGGAAAGACUUGAUUCAGAAGUAAAGAGUAAUAAGAGGAAGAAAAAUAACAGAUUUCAUUAUGAGGAUGCUUGGGGUGAGGACGGAGAUUGUUCCAAGGUAAUCUCCAACUUUUGGGAAAAUGUUGGUUCUAGCAAUAGUCCAAAGGAAUUGAAACAAAAACUAGUAGGAUGUGGCGCGAAACUUAAGUGGUGGAAUGAGAAUAAAAGGAAAGAGUUAAGGAGAAAUAUUGAUGUCUCUAAGAAAAAGAUUUCUGAUCUCUCAUUGGCAAACACCCCAUCAUUGUGGAGAGAAAUUAAGGAGGAAGAGAAACGUCUUAAUCUGUUAUUGGAAAAAGAAGAAGUGUAUUGGAGACAGAGAAGUAGGGCUCUUUGGCUUAAAUGUGGUGAUAAAAACACGAGGUUCUUCCAUCACAAAGCUUCCUCAAGAAAGAAAAAGAAUGAAAUCAAAGGGUUAAAGGAUCAAGAUGGUUGCUGGCAGGUUGAAAAGUCCAGAGUAUCGAACAUUAUUUUCAGCUGGUUUUAUCAAACUCACUUGGAUGUUGUUAAAGAUGACGUGAUAAGAAUUUGUUUGCAUAUUUUGAACAACAAUGGUCCUGUUGAUUAUUUUAAUGAUACUCUUGUCGCGUUAAUUCCCAAAAUUGAGAAGCCAGAAAGGGUAGAAAACUUCAGACCUAUAAGCUUAUGCAAUGUGAUCUAUAAAAUUGUGUCGAAAUGCAUUGCAAAUAGGCUUAAGAAAUCUUUGGAUGAAGUGAUUUCCGAGAACCAGAGUGCAUUUGUAGGAGGGAGAAUUAUACAUGAUAAUGUCAUCAUUGGCUUUGAAGGUUUACAUUGUACGAAGAAAGAUAGAUUUCAUAAUGGUUCAAAAGUUGCUCUUAAAUUGGACAUGGCCAAAGCUUAUGAUAGAGUGGAAUGGAGGUUCAUUGAAGCAGUGAUGAUUAAGUUGGGUUACAAUAAAAAUUGGGUAACAAAGGUUAUGCGUUGUGUCACCUCUGUCGUCUAUUCUUUUCUUGUUAACGGAGAAAUUACAGGGAAGGUGAUACCUCAAAGGGGUCUCAGACAAGGGGAUCCCCUCUCCCCAUAUUUGUUUUUGUUUUGUGCCGAAGCCUUUUUUGCUCUAAUUCAAAAAUCUGAAACCUUAGGAAAGUUAAGCGGGCUGACUUUUGGUAGAAAUAAAAUUAAGGUUUCGCAUUUGUUUUUUGCAGAUGAUAGUCUCAUUUUCUUCGAGGCUACUGAGGUUGAAUGUAGAAAUUUUAUAGAGAUGUUAGAAAUAUAUUCUAAGGCUUCAGGGUAG